AAAAUCUCUGCGGCAGGAGAAGGACUUGACAUUGUUGUUGAUAUUCAUGUCUUGAAACUCAAUUUUCCGAGUCCAAAAAGGUAUGCCAAACGAUUGAUCAUUCCUCUGUACCCCAGUAAGGAACAAUUAUGGAUCGAAUUUUGUUUUCAAAAACUCACCUCCGUUUUUUCAGGGACUCUGCUAAGAGAAAAAAGAAAUGGAGCAAGAGAGAAGCUUGGAACCACAACUAUGGCAUGCUUGUGCAGGAUCAAUGGUUCAGAUCCCCACCGUGCAUUCAAAGGUCUUCUACUUCGCUCAAGGCCACACCGAGCACGCCCACGCGCCUCCCGAUUUCCACGCGCCGCGCGUACCACCACUUGUUCUCUGCCGCGUCGUCGCUGUGAAGUUCCUCGCCGACGCAGAAACGGAUGACCUCAACGCCAAAAUUAGGCUUCUGCCACUGCCGGAAAACGACCUGGAUCUGGAAAAUGAUACCGUUGUGGAUCUUACUCCUCCAAAACCGGCGUAUUUUGUCAAAACACUGAAGAAUAAUGACGUCAACAAAGGCGCCAGAUUUUCCGUGCCGCGUAGGUGGGCCGAGAAAAACUUCCCACCGCUUGACGUCACAGCUAAGUGUCCCUACCAGACCCUAAUCGUCAAAGACAUCCGCGGCAAGACAUGGAAAUUCCGACACAUCAGGGGAACGCCUCGACGUCACAUGCUGACCACCGGCUGGAGCACUUUCGUUGAGCAGAAAAAGCUUAUCGCCGGCGAUUCGAUCGUCUUCCUCCGUUAUGAAUCCGGCGACCUCUACGUUGGAGUCCGCCGCACCAAAGGCGGUGGUGACGACACGGCUAGGAGGGUAACGGUAGAAGCAGUGACGGAAGCAGUGGAACGUGCGGCGUGUGGGCUAGCGUUCGAGGUGGUCUAUUACCCUCAGGCUAGCACGCCGGCGUUCUGCGUGAAAGCGGCUGAUGUGAGAGCAGCAAUGCGGAUAAAAUGGUGCAGUGGCAUGAGGUUUAAAAUGAUUUUUGAAGCAGAGGGUUUUUCGAGAAUGACCACAGGCACUGUGUCUGCUGUUCAAGUCGUUGAUCCAAUCCGCUGGCCCAACUCCCCAUGGCGUCUCCUCGAGGUAGUGUGGGACAAACCAGAGUUGGUGGUGCAAAAGGUGAAGCGGGUAAGCCCAUGGCUAGUCGAAUUGGUAUCGGACAUGCCUGCAGACCAUCUUCCUCCGUUCUCUCACAGGAAGAAGAUACAGCUUCCGCACCUUUCCCACGGAGUCCCUUCUGCUAAAAUUCCCUUGAUAGCGACAAUGAAUCCACAAGAUGCACAGACGGAGCUAAUUACAAAUUGGCGGGCUAAGGUGGUUGAGUCCUCGACGAAGGUGGACUCAGAAAAAAGUCGCAGCAAGCAACAGAUAGUAGAAGACAAUGAGUUGGCGUUUGUUGUGACUAAAUCUUUGAGUGAUGCGAAGCGUUCAAGAUCAACUGAAGGAUCAGGCGAAUCAGGUUCAGGGUCCAUCAUUACAACUGUUGCAGGCAAGCCGUCUACUAUAACUCUCAACAUGAGGAGCUUAAGUUAUCCAAACGAUGACUUGUCUUCGUUCUGCGAGUUCCUUAGCAGCCGCCUGCCUCCGUUGGAUCUCUCUGGGUGCAGAGCCGAAGACGCCAUUGAUUUUCUCCGCAUGCAGCAGGCUUCAGGCGACGUAGAAGCCCUCGUUGGCCGCCUCAGUGCUGCGUGUGAGGUAUUCGGCAUAAAACCUCAGGACAAUCCUUUCCAUAACGUAGCUGUAACAGCAUACCUGAAGGCGGCGAAAGAGAUGACUCAAGAAACAGAAUGUAUACUAGUCUUUUCUUGCAAUGACAAAGAUGUGGACGAGACACUUUUCAUCGAAACCAUUUCAAAAAAAUUGCAAGAACGAGAGGUCACCCCUUUGAUAUAUAAUCUAUCAUGGAGAAAGGACAUCGACACAGAGAUCUUUCACAGAUUUAGUGUUGGUAUUAUGGUACUUUCACAUAGUUAUACUUGUACCAGACAGUCCAUGGAUCAUCUCGUGGCCAUCUUGGAACAUUGGAAAGCAAAAAACCUUGUGAUUAUCCCUAUAUAUUUUAAGGUAACACUUUUAGACAUUUGUGGGUUGGAAGGCAGGUUUGAAGCAGCAUUUCUGCAGUAUCUGAAUUCUGCCCAGCCAGGCAGUGUUCAGAAAUGGAAGGCGGCUCUGGCUGAAAUAGCAUCCAUGGAUGGACAUGAAUGGACAAAAGAGACUCAGGAUAUGCUUGCCGAGGAAGUUGUAAGAAACGCAUGCUUAAAGCUCUAUUUGAAAAAUAGCAAGAAUCUAGUCAGAAUCUUAGCAUUGUUAAAUCACUCCCAGCCUUCAGACGCUGAUAUUGUGGGAAUUUGGGGUAUGGCAGGAAUAGGGCUGAGGCAAAUACGUGAUGAUUUCUUCUCUAAAGUAUUUGGAGAAGACAAACUAAGUAUAAGCGCUUAUGAUUUAAAACCAAGUUUCAUGAGGGACUGGUUCCACAAUAAAACGAUUUUUGUUGUUCUCGAUGACGUGAGCAAUGCCAGAGAUGCAGAAGCUGUAGUUGGAGGGUUUGGCUGGUUUUCUCAUGGACACAGAAUCAUCUUAACCUCUAGGCGAAAACAAGUUCUUGUACAGUGUAAGGUUAAAGAGUCAUAUGAGAUCCAGAAAUUAUGUGAAACUGAAUCUUUUCGUCUUUGCAAACAAUUUCUGAAUGGAGAGAGUGUGGUCAUCUCAGAGCUCAUUAGCUGCAGUAGUGGUAUUCCUUUGGCUCUCCAAGUUUUGGGUUCCUCUGUAUCAAAGCAGCCUAUAAACAAUAUGAAGGAACAUCUUCAAAGAUUGCGAAGAAAUCCUCCAACUCAGAUUCAGAAAGCAUUUCGGAGAAGCUUUGAUGGAAUAGAUGAAAACGAAAAGAACAUAUUUUUGGACCUUGCAUGUUUUUUCAGAGGGGAGAGCAAAGAUCAUGUGGUGCAAUUACUUGAUGCUUGUGGGUUUCUUACAUAUUUGGGAAUCUGUGAUCUGAUUGACGAGUCCCUCAUUAGCCUUGUGGACAAUAGGAUAGAGGUCCCUGUUCCUUUUCAAGAUAUUGGUCGAUAUAUUGUUCAUGAAGAAGACGAAGAUCCAUGUGGACGUAGCAGAUUGUGGGACUCUAACGACAUUGUUGAUGUAUUGACAAACAAUUCAGGAACAGAAGCGAUUGAGGGCAUUUUCCUGAAUGCGUCUGACUUGACCUGUGAGUUGAGUCCUACUGUGUUUGAUAAGAUGUAUAAACUAAGAUUGCUGAAGUUCUAUUGUUCCACCUCUGGGAACCAGUGUAUGCUAAGUGUACCUCAAGGGCUCAACACUUUGCCUGAUGAAUUAAGACUACUUCACUGGGAGAAUUAUCCUUUGAAAUACUUGCCUCAAAAAUUCAAUCCUGAGAAUCUUGUAGAGAAUCUCGAGAAGCUAAAGAAAAUCAAUCUGAGUCACUCCAGAAACUUAACUGAUAUCCUGAUGUUAUCAGAAGCCCUGAACCUUGAAUAUAUUGAUCUCGAAGGAUGUACGAGUCUGGUUGACAUUAGCGCAUCUAUUCCUCGGUGUGGGAAGCUUGUUUCCUUGAAUAUGAAAGACUGUUCUCGUUUGCGAAGUCUGCCUUCCAUGGUCGAUUUAACAUCUCUCAAGCUUCUAAAUGUGUCUGGUUGCUUGGAGCUCGAGGAGAUUCAGGAUCUGGCACCAAACUUGAAAGAGUUAUAUCUAGCUGGGACUGCCAUAAGAGAACUCCCAUUGUCAAUCGAGAAUCUCGCUGAACUUACUACGCUAGAUCUGGAGAACUGCAAAAGUCUUCAACAACUGCCAUUUGGAAUAAAGAUCUCGAAAUCUAUUGUCAAGCUUAAGCUGUUUGGCUGCACAAGUCUUGGGCUCAUAAGCAUGGGAGCACCGCUUCUGUCACAUUUUCGGCUUCGGAAGCGGAAAAGGGAGAAAUUUGGUCAUGGGGUUAUACCGAUCUUCUACAAAGUCAAGAAAUCUGAUGUGGAGAAUCAAAAAGGGAGUUUUGGAGCUCCCUUCCUGAACCCUAAGGAGAGUUUCAAGGGAGAUGAGCUCAAAAUUGGGGCAUGGAAGGAAGCUCUGAGGACUUCUUCCAAUAUCCUCGGCUUUGUACUUCCUGAGGAAAGGCCGGAGGCUGAAUUUGUUGAGAAAAUUGUCAAGGAGACUUUUAGGAUGCUCAAUGAUCUGUCUCCAUGUGAAAUCAGUGGUUUCCCAGGGAUUGUAUCACGUUCAAAGGAACUGGAGGAGUUAUUGAAGUUUGAUGAUGCAAGCUGUAUCCGUACCAUUGGGGUUCUUGGGAUGGCUGGAAUUGGCAAGACCACGGUUGCUGAUAGCGUAUACAAACGAAACCAUCGUCAGUUUGAUGGUUACUGUUUCCUUGAAGACAUUGACAGUGACUCGAAGCGGCAUGGAUUACAUUAUUUGCACGAGAAACUUCUUUGUAAAUUAUUGGAUGAAGAAAAUCUGGAUGUCAGAGCACAUGGAAGAUUGGAAGAGUUUCUUCGGAACAAGAAGUUGUUUAUUGUGCUGGAUAAUGUGACUGAAGAAAAUCAAAUAGAAGUUCUCAUCGGAGAACAAGAGAUGUACCGUAAAGGAAGUAGGAUUGUUAUAACUACCAGAGACAAGAGACUGCUGCAGAAAAACGCUGAUGCUACAUAUGUAGUUCCCAGAUUAAAUGACAGGGAAGCUAUGGAGCUAUUCUGCCUAGAUGCAUUUUCUGACAACCUUUACCCCACGGAAGAAUUCAUGGAGCUAUCAAACAAUUUUGUUUAUUACGCUAAAGGGCAUCCGUUAGCUUUGAAGUUGUUAGCUUCAGGUCUAUGUCAGAAGGAAAAGAUGUACUGGAUGGAGAAAUGGGAGAGAUUAAGGGUAAUGCCAGACAAGGAGAUCCAGAAAGUGCUAAAAAGGAGCUAUGAAGAACUGGAUGAUGAUCAGAAGCGCAUAUUUCUGGACAUAGCAUGUUUUUUCAGAUCAGAAAAAGCAGAUUUCGUUUCGAGCAUCCUGAAAUCAGACCGUGUCAAUGCUGCAGCUGUGAUGAAGGAGCUUGAAGAUAAGUGCAUGGUUACCAUUUCUUAUAAUCGGCUUGAGAUGCAUGAUCUAAUGCAUACAAUGGCGAAGGAAAUUGGAUAUGAAUCAUCCAUCAAAAGGGCAGGCAAACGUAGUAGGUUAUGGAACCACAAAGAUAUUCGCUUUGUGCUAGAGCAGAAAACGGGUACUGAAUGUGUUAGAGGCAUCUUCUUCAACAUGUCUAAUGUCGAACGGAUCAAGCUAAGUCCUGAUGUUUUCAUGAGGAUGUCGAAUCUCAAAUUCCUGAAAUUCCACAAUUCUCAUUGUUCUCAGUGGUGUGAUAGUGACCAUAAAUUUCAGUUCUGCGAAGGGCUCGAUCACUUUCCAGAUGAGCUUGUGUACCUUCACUGGCAGGGUUAUCCAUACGAGUACCUGCCAUCAGAUUUCAAUCCGGAGGAACUUGUCGAUCUUAAUCUGCGUUAUAGUCACAUCAAACAACUGUGGGAAGAUGAGAAGAAUACAGAAAAUUUAAGAUGGGUCGACCUCAGUCAGUCAAGAGACUUGCUGAAUUUAUCAGGCACAGCAAUUGAACAAGUUGUUGAACACAUCGGGAGUCUUCGCAACCUUAUUUUGCUGAAUCUCAAGAAUUGUCGCAGGUUGAAGUAUCUUCCUAACGAUCUUUACAAGCUCAAAUCUCUACAAGAACUGAUUCUCUCUGGCUGUUCGGCGUUGGAGAGUCUUCCACCCAUCAAAGAGGAGAUGGAAUGCUUAGAGAUUUUGCUUAUGGAUGGAACAUCCAUCAAACAGACACCUAAAACGAUAUGUUUGAGCAACCUCAAGAUUUUUUCGUUCUGUGGAUCUAGCAUCAAAGGUUCCACAGGGUUGGUAUUGUUGCCUUUCUCAGGAAACUCCUUUUUAUCGGACCUCUAUCUCACAAAUUGCUAUAUCGACAAAUUGCCGGAUAACUUUAGCUCCUUACACUCAUUGCGGUGUCUGUGCUUAAGCAGAAACAAUAUUGAGACCCUACCUGAAAGCAUUGAGAAACUUUAUUCACUGUUGUUGCUUGACUUGAAGCAUUGUCGGGGGCUCAAAUCUCUUCCUGUGCUUCCAUCUAAUCUACAGUAUGUAGAUGCUCACGGAUGUAUUUCUCUGGAAAAAGUCGCAAAACCAGUGACGCUUCCCCUAGUAACUGAAAGGAUGCAUACUACUUACAUUUUCACGGAUUGCUUCAAGCUGAAUCGAGCUGAGCAGGAAGCUAUUGUAGUUCAUGCCCAACGCAAGAGUCAGUCACUGGCAAGGACAUCUCUUCAACAUAAUCAUAAGGGGCUAGUUCUGGAUCCUCUGGUUGCUGUUUGUUUUCCAGGAGGUGACAUACCCUCAUGGUUCUGCCAUCAGAGAAUGGGAUCUUCGAUAGAAACCGACCUGCUUCCACACUGGUGUAACAAGAAAUUUAUUGGAGCUUCCUUAUCUGUUGUUGUCACCUUCAAGGAUCAUGAAGGUCAUCAUGCCAACCGUUUAUCUAUAAGAUGCAAGUGUACAUUCAAAAAUCAAAAUGGUCAGUCCAUCAGCUUUAGUUUCUCUCUUGGGGGAUGGAACGAGUCAUGUGGAUCAUCUAGUUGCCAUGAACCACGACGACUUGGAUCUGACCAUGUGUUUAUCAGUUAUAACAACUGUAACGUGCCAAUCUUCGAAUGGAGUAAAAAGAGUAAUGACGGUAACAGAUGUCAUCCCAGUAGUGCCUCAUUCGAGUUCUACCUUACUGAUGCCACUGAAAGGAAGCUAGAAUGCUGCAAGGUGACAAGGUGUGGGAUGAGUUUGCUAUAUGCUCCAGAUGAGAGUGACCGUGGUUUCCAGGGAAUGAGGGUUACAGACAUCGUUGAGCGUACAUCUAUUGAGGCUCUUGUGACCAUUCGAGGUCAGUCCCACUCACGGAUUGAAGAACGAAAGAAUGGCAGAAUAAGAGAUGAAAUCCUUGAUAUGAGUAUUUCCUCCAGGAUAGGAGAUCUUGGGUCUUGAAACCAACAAUAGCCAAUAGGUAGUAGAAUGCUUAGUAACUUGUAUAUGUUAAAACACAAUUUACAUUGACAUAGGAACUCGAAGACAUUGCAUUGCUUUUUACCCUUUGGUGUGUCAAAGGAGAGUUCUAUCUACUUAUCUAGCUGAAGAUUCAUGUUGAGCUUUCCUUGGAUGUAACUGGUUCGUUGCCAUUUGAAGCUAAUUGAUGAAGUCGUCACUAAACAUCUACUGUCUGU